AGAAAGGGGCCAUCUGCCGCCUUGGUAAAUAAAUGGAAAGCAGUUUGCCGGACCCAGCUUCCCAAAAGGGGGAGUGAAUCACAAACCGGGGGGGUGUUCACUUAAAACGCUGAUCUCCCGCAAAGCAGAGAGAAAAGGGCUCCGGACGCUUCCUUUUUGAGCUGCUGUCUGUCUGUGCCAAGCCAAGGUGUUUCUCUUAAGCAGUGAGUGGAGGUCAGGGCGAGGUAGGAGCGCACCCACCAUUCAUGUCAUUAUCAAGUCUUUGAGAGGAGCCCAGAAGCUUAUUUGCAGCUGCAUGGAAGACAAACUUAUUACUUGGCAGAACUUCGGGACGCAUCAAACUCUUCUGCUAUCCGGUCAUAGUUUUGGUUCUUUUUUUCCACCUUCAGACAUACAUUUUUAAAAAAUCAAUUAGUUUAAAAUGGGGGGUGUAUGGUUAAUCCAGUUUGACAGAAUUAUUGAUUAAUUCAUUUUCUCACAGUUAUUGGUAAUUUGUUGGUUAACUGUUUGAUUGGGCUGUUGACUUCAUAGAAAAAAGGUGGGGGUUACUAGCCUUGCUAAAAUGCCUUUGGGACAUAUUAUGAGAUUAGAUCUUGAGAAAAUAGCCCUGGACUACAUUGUGCCCUGUUUGCACAACAUCGGCUUCUGCUACCUGGACAAUUUUUUGGGCGAGUUAGUAGGGGACUGUGUCCUGGAGCGAGUAAAGCAGAUGCAUUAUGAUGGAGAACUUCAGGAUGGUCAACUUGCUGGCCAAAGCAACGGCAUCUCCAAACGACACUUGAGGGGAGACCAGAUAAAGUGGAUCACAGGCACUGAGGAAGGAUGCGAGGCCAUCAACUUUCUCCUGUCGCUGACAGACAGGCUGGUGAUGUACUGUGGCAGUAGACUGGGCAAAUAUUACGUGAAAGAAAGGUCCAAGGCUAUGGUUGCUUGCUACCCUGGGAAUGGAACUGGGUAUGUGCGUCAUGUAGACAACCCCAAUGGAGAUGGACGCUGCAUCACAUGCAUUUACUACCUGAAUAAGAAUUGGGAUUCAAAGCUUCAUGGUGGGAUUCUCCGAAUAUUCCCAGAAGGGAAGUCGUAUGUAGCAGAUGUGGAACCUAUCUUUGACAGACUACUUUUCUUCUGGUCAGAUCGAAGGAAUCCACAUGAAGUGCAGCCUUCCUAUGCAACAAGAUAUGCCAUGACUGUAUGGUAUUUUGAUGCUGAAGAAAGAGCAGAAGCCAAAAAGAAAUUCAGGAAUUUAGUUGAUGCAGGGAAGACAGAAGCAGUUCUCAAUUAAGACUGAGCAGCGAUUUCCCAGUUCAAUUCCUUUGUAGUGAUAUUUUUGGGACUCUUUGCAAGCAAUAAGAUCCAAAGAUGACAUGAUCUGUUUCUGGUGAUUACUGGACACUCUUCUUACCUGCAGAUAUGCACUAUUUUGAGCACUGUUUAUUGUUUGCAUAUUAUACUUAUGGUACUCAUGGAAGUUUCCUAUCAUACUCAUCUGGCAUAAAAGCACCCAUUUUUUUACUCGGCUUUCACAGAAGAAUGCCACUACAGAUUUUAGAAAGUGAAGAAGAUCACCAAGCCCUCCUGCUAAUGUUGACCAACUGGCCUUUAGCCUUACUGGUAUUAAAAGAUAUUAAACAUUCAAAAUAGUUGUGGAAACCUAACUCUUAUAUUUGCACUUUAUUUAAAUAUUCUGGUUCAAUGGGAAGGAGCUUUAUAAAAGAACUUCGGUGGCAGGCUGCAGAUGGCAUGCAGGAAUGGAGAAUAUUGAACUGUGUGUUUGCCGAGAACCAAUUUUGUUAUGCUCAACAUGGGGCCUUUGAUGGGUUGCCUGGUCACUUCGCUAAACAGACUAUUGGCUUAACUGUCUUGUAUCAUUAAUUUCUAAAAAGGAUAAGCCUCCCACUUGCCAUAAAACUGCCUGGAUUUGAUCCACAUUGUUGGAGUCAAGCAGCAGCAGCGGUUCCAUUGCUUGGCCUUUCAGAGCCCCAGGAUAGGGGCACAAGGCAGUUGUACAGCUGUUUACUAUUUUGUGAAAAACAUCCUUUUUCUAAAAUCAGAUGGGUCUGUGUAUCCUUUUUUUUAAAAAAACCAACAACUUUGUUUCAUAAAGCAACUAGUCCCUCCAGUUCCCAUCCAAAUUUUUAAACUUUCAAAAAAGUUGAUGACAAACUACAUGUGUUAAUGCCAAGAAAUCCUACAAAAAAACAAAAACUGAUCUUCCACCAGCCACGCAUUGAAUGACAGAAGUGGAACUCUGAGAAUCCAGUUUCAUGUUUGUUAGACUGGCAAAUGCAUGGCAGAUGACUUUACCCAAUUAAAUGUCAUGGGAUGCAAUCUUAAAUCAAGCUGUGAUUAAAUUUCUCAUCAGCACUAAUGGGGCUAGGGAUUGUACUGUUGGAUCUUAAACCUAAUCACGGUUGUUUUUGAAUCUAUGAGAACAUGUGUUUACUAUUGCAGCCCAAUUCUUAGAUUGGUUGGGGCAGCAAAAACGGUUUUCAGAUGGGAUAUGCCAGUUGCUAUUCCUACACAGAAUCAUAAAGCAUUACCUUUCAGGCAGAUGCACUGUGAAGAUGUAUCAAAACAGGGCUCUUAGCUUCCAUGCUACCAAGUCGCAUUCACACUGCUGGCCAGAUGUUUGUGUACUUUUAUUAUUUUGUGUAUAAUCAGAGCAAAAAAUAGCCUUGGUCCCAACAGCUUAAGUUUCCCCCCAUCUCCUGUAUUUGAGCCAUGUGAUGUGGACACAAACUGGAUUAGUAAUGAUUGAGCACUGAUUUUCCUAUUCUAGAGCAGGCAUGAAGAAUCUGUGAGCUACUCAACUGAACUCUGUGAGCUACUCAUGUAUUGUGGUCUGCAAGCUAUUUGCCAGUUCUCAGCUAUGGCAGGAAAGCCACAAAACCAGGAGGUUCAUUGAAUCCUUAAUGGGCCCCCGUACCUGGCUGGUUUGAUUGAGUUCAGCUGGUGGAUCACGUUAUGUAAUCAUCCUGAACUAAAGUCACUAAAAAAAAAAUCCCUUCACUUUGUAAAUUUUCUGUUCUUGCUGGUAAAAAUUGGUUUAUGCUUAGCAACAGUGUUUCCAUCAGAACAUGUAAUGUAAACACUUGGUUUAUAAACACAUUCUCUUCAUUGAUAUCUACAGCAGUGUUGUGUCAGAGCACCUUCUUUGUUCUUCACUGUGCAUAUAAGUUCCUCCAUGUGCUGUAGCUUUCCAGGAAUGCUAAUAGACUCUGGCAAUUUUUCUCUUACAUACUAACCAAUAUUUUCUUCAGCCAAUUCAUUUCCCGCUGUUAAUUUUUUAUGCUGCUAAAGAUGAUAUGUCUGUUAUUAUAUGCGUCAUUCAAGGACAAGCACAUUGCUUCCACGGACAUGGAGCCAGUGAACAAGACUAGUAUUUUAGGAGGGCCCAGCCUUAAUCAUAUUCUGUUGAGAAUAUUUCAGGUAGACAACAGUGCAGGAUAUAAAAAGCAAUAUAUUUAAUGGGAGUCAUUUGUUUCACAAAAGAGGGUUAUCUUGUUGCCUGUCUUUGGGGUUUGAAUUUUCCAGCUAUCAUGGAGUGACUUGGGGGAAGGGCCAUGCUCAGUGAUAGAACACUGCUUUUCAUGCAGAAGGUUCUGGAUCCAAUGCUUGGCCUUGCUAGUUAAAGAGUAAGGCAGUAGAGGAUGUGAAAGACCUCGACCUGAGACCCUGGGGAGCUGCUAGUAUUCUGAGUAGACAAUACCAACCUUGACAGACCAGUGGUCUGAUAUAAUGCAGCUUCAAGUGUUCAUGUGCUUAUUUUCUCUCAAAAUUUCCCUUGAAGAGUAAUAUGUAACCAUAUGACCUUAGAAAGCUUUUAUUGCAUUUUAGGAAGAAAUAAUUUGCUCACUUGGACUUCCAUAGAUAAGACACAGGAGUCAGUUAAUUUCACUUAUAUUAGAGAAGUGUAAAUUACCAAAAUUUAGCAGUUAUUUUUCUGUAUCCAGAUUCCCAAAUAUGAAAAAUAUGCUCAAUGUUCUCCCAAAAAGUGUCUCCAUUCAUGCCCUUUAAGGAUGUGUGAUGUUUUUUGUGGAAUGCCCAGGGCCGAGUGGUGGGGGCACAUUGUACCAGCAGGAAUUUCAGUUUGCCUCGCCAUGUAUAGAACAAAAGUGUCUUGUUAGAAUUGAAAGAAUUGAAAAAAAUCAGUGGUGGUCACAACUACCAUCCAUGUAAUUCAUCCACUUCUGCGAUCUACAGUUUUGCCUGACUCAGGCUAGACUUUUCAAGAUCACUCUCACCCUAACUAUAAUCGAGUGAACCUUCCUUUAGCUUCUGAUGGUUGGAUUCUACAGCUCCAUUCUAUCAAUGGUGCUUUCCUCUCUUGCAAGGCACUUUCCACUGACAGAAGAGCCUCUUGGAUUGGUGGAAGGCUUCUUAUACCAGAGAAAAAUCACCACCAUUAGUAGAACAUAUCUGACAGAGUAUGGUAGGAUGUUUAAAGGAUUUAAGAUAUAACUUAUUUAUUUAAGGAAAAUGUUGGUUGCAAGCAGAUUGAAGUGUUUAAUAUAAAAAUGUUGGCUCAGAUCCCCCCAGAGUUUUUCCACAGGUGGAAGGAUUUCUACUCGUAUAAUGCAAUAUUCUCCCCACCCCUCCUGUGACAGUCUGAAAUGCUCCCCAGAAUCUCACUGCCUGUCAGCACUGUUAGUCAGCUAAGAGACUUUUUAAAGGUAUUCAUGAUGUAGACAUUGAGGAUCACAAUCAAGUUUGCUUCACACAUGCCAUUCCUCUUGUAUAGGUGUAGAAAAACAGGUCAGUGUUUAUGCACAUUUGUGAAUAUCACAGACGUGACUCUUCUGCAUUUUCUACAUGUUGGUAAACCAUGAUUUGUGAUAGGUUCCCAUUACGUAAUACAUGUGACAAAACAACCUGGGUGUGAUCUUCUCAUAAGAUUAUGGUGGUGAGCAUUUUCUCCUCCCUGUCAUCUGUGAACCUGUAUUCCUGAAUUAAUUUAGGAACAAAUCAAAAUUGAGAAAGAAAGACUUCA